AUGUUGGAGUUUGAUUCCAAGCUGUACUUCCGAGUGGCUUACUUAGCUUUUCUUAUUCCUCUAGGUUCUGGGGUAUGUAUCGAUUUGGAUCUUGGUUUGGAAAAUGAGAGAAUUUCAGAUGGUAACAUAACUGCUUCUUCGGUACAAAAUGCCAACACACCAGCCAAGAAUGGUAGACUGAAUUACACAUCAGGAUCAUCAUGGUGUGCAGGAACAAGUGACACUAACCCAUAUCUACAGAUUGAUCUACAGACACUUCAUAUCAUCUGUGCUGUGUCUACUCAAGGGAAUUCUCAAGCAGAUCAGUGGGUGAAGACCUACACUCUACAAUUUUCCAUAAAUGGGACAACUUGGACAGACUACAAGGAAGGUGGACAAGUUAAGGUCUUCAUGGGGAAUUAUGACAGAAACUCAGUGGUGAAGCAUGUUUUUUAUGGACUGCUGACAAGAUAUCUGCGUUUCCUGCCACAAACACACCAGGGUUUGGUGUGUCUGAGAACAGAGGUGUUUGGAGUGAAACAAAAGCCAGAGAACCUUGCCCUGAGGAAGGCUACAGCUCAGUCUUCAACAUUCAACAAUACUGCUGACAAUGUUUAUGGUGUAUCUGGAAACGCAGUGGAUGGAAAUCCUGACACUAACUUUUUAAAAGGGAGCUGUUCACAUACAACAAAAGAAAACCCCAGUUGGUGGAGAGUGGACCUGGGUUCAGACCAUGUUGAUGUCUCUGAAAUUCAUAUAGUCAACAGGUUCUCACAGUAUGUGGUUACUGAAGACUACAAAAUAACAUUUGGUAGCUCUCCUAAUGUUGUAGGCAACACCCCCUGUGGAGGACUCUAUGAUUUUCAUAACUUCACUGCAUCAGCUGUUUGUUUUACCAAUCCACUGAAAACUGGUAGAUAUGUAGGGAUUUUAACCACAAAGAAACAAAGUCUUCAGCUGUGUGAGGUAGAAGUCUAUUCACGAGAAAAUCUGGCAUUUCAAAAACCAACAUAUCAGCACUCAUAUGCAGUAAGUGGUGGCACAAGUGAGAAAGCAGUUGAUGGAAAUAGCAAUAUGAACUUUGCGGAUGGAUCAUGUACAUUUGGGGGACAUUUAAAUUUUCCAUGGUGGAGAGUGGAUCUAGGACAGGAUGAGUUUGUGACUGAAGUGUAUCUAGUCAAUAUAAAAGCCCAGACUCGCCUAUCAAAAUUUGAGAUCAGAGUUGGGUGUUAUGCGAACAUCAGCAUGUUUUCGCAGGAAAUUAAAGAACCUCCCAAGUAUCUCAGUUCAAAAAAUAAAAAGAUAUGGGACAGGGUUGACUCAAGGGUACAAUUGGUUUGGAGGCUCCAGUUGUUCACUAACAUACCCACACAAGGUUGUGCCCUAUGGGUGCCUGGUUGCCAAAAGGAACUGAGUUUUAGCUUCAGGGAACUGAAAAACAUUGCCAUUUUGCUGAGCAAGGUGGCUGACUGUGCUCUUUUUACUUUGUUUUCAGGCACAGUAUCAAGUAUUACUGAUACUAGCAUGACUAGUCCCAAAUGUGGUCAGGCAGCUACUCAUUACCUUCCUCAAGCAGUAGGUUUGUCAUUCUUCUGCCGUCCAAGUUUGAAAGGAAGAUAUGUUACCAUCAGGGACCUUAGAGGAGGUCAAUCGGGAUUCAAUCUUUGUGAAGUUGAAGUGUAUUCAGAACAAAGAGCAUGUCAUAGUCAGGCAAUUGGUGUGACCAGCAGUGAUGCAAUUCCAGAUGGCAGCUUCUCAGCCUCAUCAAAAGUUAAUAAUGACCGUGGACCUUCAGCUGGUCGUCUGAAUGGAAAUAACCGGGGUUGGGCACCAAAAACUAAUACUAAUCACACUGACUACCUACAAAUUGACCUGCAGUAUGAUUAUGUUAUCUGUGCUGUAGCCACUCAAGGAUCUUUCAAUAAUGAUCAGUGGAUAACAAAGUACAAGAUUAAAUUAUCAUUGGAUGGUGUCACCUUUAACACAUAUAAAGAAAACAACACUGAGAAGGUCUUUAAUGGAAACUCUGGGAGAAAUGACAUAGUAAAACAUGGUCUGAGGGAAUAUACUUUGGCAAGGUUCAUCCGUUUUGUGCCAACAGAUUAUCAUGGUUAUAAGACAUUGAGAGUGGAAGUUUAUGGAGUUCUUUUAUCUACAGUUCCAUCACAAGCUCCAGGCAACUUCACUGUGACUGCAAUCUCAUCUACUAGUAUAAAAGUAUCAUGGACAUCACUGCCACAAUAUGCCAGACAUGGAGAUAUAACAGGUUAUAAGUUGUUUUACAGACAGAAGGGCUCAGUGGACAAUUUAGUCAUGGAGUCUGUUGCUGGAGCAGCAACAUUAACUAAAGAUUUCACUAAUCUUAACAAGUACACCAAAUAUGAAUUUCAAGUGUUGGCUGUUGGAUCUCGUGGUGAGGGACCCAAAAGUUCUGUAAAGGUUGAGCAGACUUUGGAAGAUGCACCAACCAUUCCUUCAAACCUUUCGCAGUCUGAGAUAAUGCCAGAUAAACAAGUUGGUCCCAAGAUAAAGCUCACCUGGUAUAAGCCAGCAGAAGAAAAUGGGAUUAUUAGGAGUUACACUGUGUUUUAUAGUCACAAUGAAGAUCCUCAUAAUAUUCACAAUAAAACAUUAAAACAAAACGUGUUCAGUUACACAGUAGAUGUGUUAGGUGGGGCCAUCUAUCAGUUCCAUGUCAGAGCUGCUACGAUCAAACCUGGACCAAAUGCAACCUUGUCUGUUGCUGUUAAUGAUUAUGAACCUGGUGUAGCACCAAAGGAUGUGUCUUUCAGUAUACUGAACCAAACAACCUUCAAUAUUUCAUGGUCACCUCUGACAAGAAAAGAGAGUUAUAGCAAAGUUAUCUCAUAUGAGGUCAAGACAUCAUUGGUGUCUUCUGGAAGUCGACAAAAGAGAUCUCCAGCCAACAGCAAAACUGUUAACACAACAAAAGCAUUUGUUAUCCUGUAUGAUAUUCAGCCUUGUUCCAAUGUGUAUGUCCGAGCAUACACUAAAGCUGGCCCUGGACCAUAUGGUCAACCCUUACCUCUGGAAUUGAAUGUACCAAAGGCACCCAACAACCUGAGGGCAACAGACUCCCAGUCAACAAAGAUGACACUGGAAUGGGAAAGACCCCAACCUGCUAUGGGAGAAAAGUGGAAGGUUGAGUACUCUGGGAAAAAGUCUUACAACAACAGCUUUUCACACGAAGGCAGCAAAGAUGUACAGGGAACAACAAAAUAUACCCUUGAUAAUUUGGUACCGGGUACCAAAUAUGACCUUCGGGUGUAUGGAAUCUCAAAAUGUGGAAACAAAGGACUCCCUUCAUCUUUGGAAGUAGAAACAAAAAUAGGAGAGCCAUUGGCUCCAGUUGUACUAUCACUGACCACCAGGAAGGUCGCUGAGUCGCAGGCUGAAAUUGAACUUUGGCCUGCAGAACAAAGGAAUGGUCCAAUAAGUGCUUAUCAAGUCAUUGUUCUGAGAGUUGUUGAUGGUGUUGAGGAGCUUCCCGCUGAUUAUAAAUCACAGCUGGAUGGUUCAAACAAAGACGGAUUGAGCUUUUAUGUUGCUGCUGAGAUAGAAAACAGUCCAGCAUAUGAGAAGUCUUGGAAGUUUACCAUUGGUGACGGAAAUUCAUAUGGACGUUUUGUAAACAAAGAACUUAAGAGAGGAGAUGACUAUAUUGUUUACCAGAGAGCCAUAACAGAAGGCAAUAGUUACGUUUAUGGAGAGGUCAGCAAAGUCGCUAAGAUUUCUGUUGAAGCAGUGGUAGGAGAAAAUGACAAAUCCGAGGGUUCUGGUCCAAACGCCGCAGCUGUUGCUGUACCUGUGGUGUUGUUGCUACUCCUUAUUCCAGCAGUUGUUGUUGCAGUGUUCUUUUACCGAAGGAGGAAGCAAUCACGACAGGCGAGUGAUAAGCGCGAGUUUUCAGUUACACUAAAUGACGUCCAGAAUAGUCCAGUUCCUGGCUCAACCGGAGCAGUUUAUGAAAACCUGAAUUUUCGCGCUGGCCAAGAACAACAACAAGAUGCUGUGGAUGCAUCCCCGCCCGAUGAUGAGGAACUUGUCUACAGUCAGCCUGAGGAUGGUAAACCCAAACCAAUUCCAGUGAAUGAGUUUCCAUCAUACUAUAAGCAAAAAUCAGAAAAUGGAGCGAUUGUGCUGCGAGAUGAAUUUAAGCAAUUUUCUGGAGGAAUGCAGGCGUCCUGGAAUGUUGGCAAGAGUAACAGAGCUAAGAACCGAUAUGGAAACAUAACUACUUAUGAUCAUUCUCGUGUUGUUUUGGAAAAAAUCGAAGGUGAUCCAACAUCUGACUACAUUAACGCUAGUUACAUCCCGACAUAUGACGAGAAAACAAUGUGUUACAUCGCCACACAAGGUCCAAAUAAUGUGACAGUGAAUGAUUUCUGGCGAAUGAUUUGGCAAGAAAAUUGUUCUACCAUCGUGAUGCUGACAAACCUGGUCGAACUGGGGAAGACCAAGUGUGAGCAAUAUUGGCCAGAGAGUAAUUCUAAGCUUGGAGCCAUUACAGUUACUCUACACAAGACUGCAGUGUUUGCCGAUUACAUUAUUCGGACAUUUCUACUUGUCAAGGACUCAGAGAAACGUGAGGUACAGCAGUAUCAUUAUCUUACUUGGCCAGAUCGAGGUGUUCCUGCACGUUCUUCAGCUUUGCUUGGAUUUAGAUAUAAGAUUCAUACUCGACACCAGGCCACUGGUGGACCACUUGUUGUGCAUUGCAGUGCUGGUGUUGGUCGAACUGGUACGUACAUUGCCAUUGAUGCCAUGUUGGAGGGUGCCAAGAAGAUUAAAACUGUGUUCAUUAGUAAUUAUGUGCAAGUGAUGCGUAGAUCCCGUCCUCAUAUGGUUCAAAAAGACGAUCAGUAUGUCUUUUUGCAUCAGGCUGUGGUGGAAGCGUUGACCUGUGGGAAUACAGAGAUUGCUCCUCAGGACUUACGAAUAUCGAUUAACAAACUAUCUAGAGCUGCUUCACCUUCUAAAAACACUGGUUUUGGCGCGGAGUUUAAGCGUCUGCAAUUUGUCACUGACUGUUUGUCUUCUGAAGAAGAAACAACAACAGCCUCUCAACCUUCGAACAUCGACAAGAACAGGUUUCCCAAUAUUCUUCCGUUGGAUACUGCUCGAGUCCGCUUGAUGUCCACUCAACCAGACCAAGAUUACAUCAAUGCUUCGUUUGUUGAUGACUACAAGGAACGUAACGCUUACAUCCUGACUCAAGCUCCAUUAGACAACACUAUAGGAGAUUUCUGGCGGAUGAUAUCACAGUAUAACAUUGGUACAGUUGUGAUGUUGAAUAACUUGAAGGAAGGAAAACAGAACUACCCACAAUAUUGGCCGGGUCUAGGAUCAGCCAGGCAUGGAGCCAUCACUGUACAACUUUUGUCGGAAAAUACCUCAAACAACAUCACCUCAAGACGAUUUAGUAUAAUAAAUAAUGAGCCUCCCCAGAAGACAACAACUGUACAGCAUAUCAACUUUACAGGGUGGGUCAACGGAGACUCGUGCCCAGACUCCAAGGAAAUAAUCGACCUAUUGACCGCUGUGCAACAGUCUCAGCAACAAUCAGGAAAUGGCGCCAUAGUUUUCCAGUGCAGUGAUGGUAUUGGUCGCAGCGGCUGUGUAGCUUCCAUAAUGUCAGUGAUCGAACGAGUCAAGAUUGAACAAACAGUUGAUGUUUUCCAAACCAUUAAACUGAUUCGGGCUAAAAGGCCUGGUGCUGUGAACACUCUGGAUCGUUAUGUUUUCUGUUACAAGACAAUUUUAGCCUACCUGGAUUCUUUUAACGCCUACUCAAACUUUGCAGAUUGUUGAAGCGUCAACUUGAAAUAGUUGUUAGUAGUAAAUUGCUGCUCGAUACAAAUGAUAGUUACAAUUUACAUAGCGCUUCUUGUAAGCCCCUAAGUGCUUUAUAAUAUGAAAGAGAUAAAUAUUUAACCUACUUUCUACAAUAUAGCAUAUUUCAUAGAUCUCUACAGUUAAACUUAAAAAAAGAAAAACUCUAGAAAAUUGCAAAAAAUUGCGAAAGUUUUUAAGUUUGCAAAAAGCUAUCCUAUGUAAAGGAGUUUUCAGGUUCUAUUUAACCCUUUAACUCCCAUGAGUGACCAAGACAGAAUUUCUCCUUACAAUAUCAGUACAAUAUCAGUACAAUAUCAGUACAAUAUCAGUACAAUAUCAGUACAAUAUUAGGCUGACAAGUGAUGAGAAUAAAGAAAAAUACCAAACAGGGGAUUAUAAGUUGAUCCAAUACCAAAUUCUCCAAAGCAACAUCACAAGAACUGUAGAGCAGACAGUAAGGAGAGUUAGUAAUGAGAUCUCGGGAGUUAAAGGGUUAGGGAGGGUCUCAAUGGGGUUAACUAUUAGCCUUAAGCGCAGGGAUUAGGAAGGCCGUGCGCCAUGCGCGUAUGGCGCAUAAAGCUACGAAAUGUCCCAUUAUAAAAAUACUUACCGGGCCUGUGAUACGCCCUGACCGCACAAAGCUAGUGAAAUACAAACUAUUUUGUGAAAAGGAUUGCAAUUUGUAAAAGUUUCACUUUGGUGAGACAUAAACAAGCGAAAAACUACGGUGCCUUCGCUCGUUUGAUCACGCUCGCUUUAUUCUUGUUCCCAGAUUCUGAACUCGGACUUUGCAUGCAAACGAGGCUAUUGCUCGGAGUUCGAUGUGCUUUCGUUUUCGAGCAGAGUUCGAGCGUUUUCGUCGCUUUGAAUGUAUUUGCAUCGAUUAGCCUCAUGCCUCCGAAAAAAAUCUUGAGAUUGGACAGCUUGCAGAGAACGUUGUCUACAUUUUUCAACACAACAGCGGAGCAGAAUCGUGAUACUGUGAGCGAAAACGACCGUGAAACGGACGAAACAGAUAUAGGUAUAGACUGUAAUACACAAGCAAUAAACCUUUGUUAAAAUUUUUACUGGCCCAUUUAUUUACCCUAAUGGCCCAAACGUUUUAUAAAUGGCCCAUAACUUUCCAAUGAUAGGGGUCAUAGGCUCAUUUGCCUGUUAAACCCUCCUAAUCCCUGUAAGCGGUAUUUAAUGUUAACCAUAAAAAAUUUUUGCUGUCUGCAAUGUGUCAUUUUAUUUCAUUUUGUGUUAACCGUCGCCGUAAAAUGGCUAAACUUUUUAAGCAUUAGACGUAAAAGCCAUCACCCCAAUGAGGCCCUAUUCAAAUUCAUUCAAGGAUCGUACAGCAGUAGUGGUCGUUAUUGUGCGGCGGCAUCGCUACGAUGGUUAAAUGGUCAGUAAAAGCAGUAGUUAGUUACCUAGUUCGUCAGUCUGAGUGAAUCGGUCAGUUGAGCGGUCUGUGAGUGUGUUGGUCGAACUGUCGGUCGGUCAGCAAGGUAGUCAGUUAACAAGUCCGUCGUGGUGAGCCGGUCGGACUAUUGAAUGGGUUAGUUACUUAGUUCAGUGGUCAGUCUGAAUGAAUCGGUUAGUUGAGCGGUCUGUUAGUCAUCAGUUAAUCGGAUGUACAAUCAACUUGUUUGUAAGUCAGUUAUCUUGCACAGCAGUUGAGGAUAAAUUUAUUAAGUUUGAAUUCCUUUCUUAUCAAAAAGUACUGAAACAUUUAUUGUAACCCAAAAUUGCAAAAUGAACAUCGAAGUAAGUCAGAACGUGCGAACUCAGCUCAAGAAUUGCUGGCAAAUAACCAAGCAUUCUGAAAAUUUUGAUCUCUUUUGUACGUUGUUAAAAAGAUAAUAUUUUUUUAUAAUGUUUUUCAAUUCAAUGCAGACGUAUAGCCACAUAGUCAAACUACUUGUAUACUUAACACACAAAUUAUAGAUUUUUAAAAAAAAAAAAAACAACUGCAAAGAAAAGCUAGUUGUGUGUGUUGCUGGCUAUAUGUUACAUAUUUAGGUUAAACUGUGGACAAAAUUCAAGUCAAAUUUUACUCUAGGUUACAUUUUUUUCUUAAGGAAAAAUUAUCUAUGAAACUAUUUGAGGAGAUAGAUAUUUAUAACACAGAUAGAGUCCACGAUAAGAUACGACAAAAGCUCGUUAUGUUUAACAGUAAUUGAUGAAUGGAAAAGCAUGUCUAAAAGUAUAUUUUAUAAAAAAGCUAUUACAUAAACAGCUUAAUAUCUACAGUAUUACUUUAGGGCCAACCGAAGCUAAUAAAUGGAUAUUAGAAGGUAAAUCUGUAUUCCCUGAAUUAGCAGGAUCGUAGAGGAAUUAUAUAAAUUAGUGCUUAUUUAAUGUAAUUUUUUUAAUUAAAGAGAUUUGGUUCCGAA